UCCUAAUGUACUCUUCCUCCAUAGACAAAAUGAAACCAACACAAUUUUCAUCUUUACUCACUAACACCUUCUUUUUUAUCUUCUUAUCAAUUCUUUCACCCCAUUCUGAUGCCAUAUCCAUUAAAGAUCAAGAACCUCAGCAACAAGUAAUUGGCUAUGGUUAUUCAGUCACAUCUGUGGCCAUAGAUUCCACUGGAAAUUCACUGUUUGCUAAUCUUCAACUCAUCAACAACUCUUCAGUUUUUGGGCCUGAUAUUCAGAAUCUUAUCCUUAUUGCCAGUUUGGAAACUAACAACCGUCUCAGAAUACGAAUAACUGACACUAACCACCAACGAUGGGAAGUACCUGAAGAUAUUCUCCACCGUCCACCACCGCCAUCUCCGCCGUCAACCACCACCCACUCCCACCACAACACCACUCUCUCAAACACCAACUCAGACCUACAUUUCACUCUCCACAACACCACACCAUUCACCUUCACCGUCCAACGCCGCUCCACCAACGACACCCUUUUUAAUAACACAUUACUCAUAUUCAAAGACCAAUAUAUACAUAUUUCCUCCUCUUUACCAGCCACUAGAGCUAACCUUUAUGGACUUGGAGAACAUACUAAAGCCACGUUUAAGCUUAUACAUAACCAGACUUUGACUUUAUGGAAUAAUGAUAUUGGGAGUGACAAUGUGGAUGUUAAUCUUUAUGGUUCUCAUCCUUUUUACAUGGAUGUUCGGGAGGGUGGAGUUAGUCAUGGGGUUUUGUUUAUGAGUAGUAAUGGUAUGGAUGUUGUGUAUACGGGAGAUAGGAUUAGUUAUAAAGUGAUUGGUGGGUUGAUUGAUUUGUAUUUCUUUGCUGGACCUUUGCCGGAUAUGGUGGUGGAUCAGUAUACUGAGCUUAUUGGUCGUCCUGCUCCUAUGCCUUAUUGGUCUUUCGGAUUUCACCAAUGCCGGUGGGGUUACAAGAACAUAGAUGAUAUUGAACUGGUAGUAGACAGUUAUGCAAAGGCUGGGAUACCUCUGGAGGUUAUGUGGAGUGAUAUUGAUUACAUGGAUGGUUUUAAGGACUUCACACUUGAUCCAGUUAACUUUCCAUUGGAACGGGUGAAAUCUUUUCUCAGGAAGCUUCAUCAGAAUGAUCAAAAAUACGUACUAAUAGUAGAUCCAGGAAUUAGUAUCAACAAUACAUACGACACAUAUAGGAGAGGCAUGGAAGCAGAUGUCUUCAUAAAACGUGAUAAUAUGCCCUAUCAAGGGGUUGUUUGGCCAGGGAAUGUUUACUAUCCUGAUUUUCUAAAUCCAGCUACUGGAAUAUUUUGGAGAUAUGAAAUUGAGAAGUUCCAGGAUCUCGUGCCUUUUGAUGGCCUCUGGCUUGACAUGAAUGAACUAUCAAACUUCAUAACUUCCCCUCCUACACCAUCAACUACCUUUGAUGACCCUCCCUACAAGAUUAACAACUCUGGCGAUCACUUGCCCAUCAAUUAUAGAACAGUUCCAGCCACUUCUACACAUUUUGGUAAUACAAUGGAGUAUAAUGUCCAUAACCUUUAUGGAUUACUAGAAUCCAGAGCCACUUAUAAUGCUUUGGUAAAUGUCACUGGUAAGAGGCCUUUCAUUCUUUCAAGGUCAACUUUUCUUGGCGCUGGCAGAUAUACAUCACAUUGGACUGGUGAUAAUGCUGCUACCUGGAAUGAUUUGGCAUACUCCAUUCCUACUAUCUUGAACUUUGGACUGUUUGGAAUUCCAAUGAUAGGAGCAGAUAUAUGUGGUUUUUCAAGGAACACUACUGAAGAGCUUUGUCGCCGCUGGAUUCAGCUUGGAGCAUUCUAUCCAUUUGCAAGAGACCACUCUGCUAAGGACACCACCAGCCAAGAGCUCUAUAUUUGGGAGUCAGUUGCUGCAGCAGCCAAGAAAGUCCUUGGGCUACGAUAUCAGUUACUUCCGUACUUCUACAUGCUGAUGUACGAGGCCCAUACGAAAGGGACUCCCAUUGCACGACCCCUUUUCUUCUCUUUCCCUCAAGACACCAACACAUAUGAUAUCAGCACACAGUUCCUUCUUGGUAAAGGUGUCAUGAUCUCACCUGUACUUAAGCAAGGAGCAACCUCAGUUGAUGCAUAUUUUCCUGCUGGAAACUGGUUUGACCUCUUCAAUUACUCUCGUUUUGUGAGUUUGAAUCAAGGAAACUAUAUGACACUUGAUGCACCAGCAGAUUAUAUAAAUGUACACGUUCGCGAAGGGAACAUAUUGGCCAUGCAAGGGGAAGCAAUGACAACACAAGCUGCUCGGAGGACUGCAUUCAAGCUCCUUGUCGUGCUGAGCAGCAGCGGAAACAGCACUGGAGAACUAUUUGUGGACGACGAAGAUGAGGUGCAGAUGGGAAGAGAAGGAGGGAGGUGGACGUUAGUCAGGUUUAGCGGCAACAUCAUUGGCAAUAAAAUUGUGGUUAAAUCAGAGGUUGUGAAUGGACAAUACGCGCUGGAUCAAGGAUUGGUCCUUGAAAAGGUGACAUUAUUGGGAUUGAAAAAUGUGAGAGGAUUGAAGGGCUAUGAGCUUGUUUGUUGCAUGGAGUCGGACCAGCAAGGGAACACAACAAUUAAGGAAAAUAUUGAACAGAGUGGACAGUUUGUUACUGUGGAAAUCUCAGGGAUGUCAAUAUUGGUCGGAAAGGAGUUCAAAUUAGAGAUACUUUACCCUAUAAAUGUGAUUUAACUUAUGAUAAUAUGUUCAUUACUACUUUUACCAAGUUACGAAUUAUUGUUAUUAUAAUAAGUUAUCAGUAAUAACCUUAUAAAUAUAAAUAAUUUUUACACCA